AUGGCUGGUGUACACUCUCUUGCCGUGAAACGCUGUUCGCGCCCCUCUAAUUCAACGGGGGAUAUAAAAUCCGGACGACGACUCGAAAACCACCUACGGACUGUUAUGUUCUCCCAAGUCGCUGCCUUCGCUGCCCUUGUCGUCGAAAUGGUCCUGAAGCCGGGAGAGUACAGGUUCACAAAUCUCAAGUCUUCUAGCGCUCUUCGUUCUUACGGUAUGGGCGGCCAACUUUUGGUUCCAUACAUGAGGAGAAAUGAAGGGCGGGAGACCUUGUGGAACCUCACGUUUGCGCGACAUGACAAUACUAAAGUCGCGUAUAUCCGCAACGUUGGGAAUGAUGGAUACGCCCAAGCUAUAGGACUUGCUGAUAGCCCCGGAGAACUGGUCACUACUGUGCAGAAAAACAAAAACGAAGCUACUGCUUUGAGCAUCAUUCCCGUUGGCCCAGCUGAUUUUGGCGCUUUCGUUUUCCAACUAUACGGAACCCAUAUUUGUUGGGAUGCCCAGAACACCAGUCACCAAAGUGAAGACGCAUAUAUCGGGUUUUCCUACGUCGAGGAUGUGAAAGCCCUUCAGUAUAAUGACAGCAGCAUCUAA